AUGAUUCAUCAACGUUGCCAUUUCGCGGAUGCCGUGGAUUCUGAACUUCGGGAACUACGUCAAAUUAUCGAUGCAAUGGUGCAAGAACGCUCAACACCUUCCUCUUCAGUUGUCAAUGAACAGAAUAGCGCCAAACCUCCUUUUUCACCAUCCUCGAUGAGUAAUCUCAAUUCCAGUAGUACUACAACACCCAUCGCAAAUAUUACCGAUAACGGAGAGAUGGAAGAAGAGACAUCGAAUAGUCUUCCCCCGGGAACACCAAAGUCGUCCGGUGUUAGAAAAGGCGGAUGGCUAAGAAGCUCUAUUGAUAAGGCCUUUCGUCGACGCGGUUCGCAAACUUCAUUGGUUGGAGACUCAAAUACCAAUGGCAGCCAAUUAAAACACAAUAAACCUUCACCAAUCAGCGCUUGGAAUUCUCCUGAACAUCGGCCAUCGCAUGCCCUACGUAAGAAUUUUGUACGAGCAUCUUCGGUGUCCGCAGAUGUAAGCAGGCCACAAGGUUUUGCUGGAAAUCAGUUCGGCAAUGGGGUCGGACCUGCACCUCCUGUUUCAACUGGAAAUUUCUCGUGUUGUGAAGCCCAUACACGAUGCUGCCUUCUUGAGAGUGAAGUCGAAAAUCUCCGAAAAGAACUCGCAGAAAGGGAAAGCCGCCUGACAGAUGCUCAACUGCAGGCCCUCGCAUCCGCCCAUCAAGUCGAUCAAUUGCGUGACCAAUUGAAUCUUCUUUUCCAACAAUUAAGCCUCCUUCGGGCGGACAACGAACGUCUGCACGCCUCAGUUGCCAAUUCUGGAUCGCCUCAUUUAAAUGGAGGCUGA